AUGCCGGCGCCAAUACCAAAGCCGCCGCCGCAACCAUCAGCCCAGCAGGCAGCGACGCCGGCGGGAGCAUCAAGCAGAGCGCCUCCACCGGCCGUGAGGGUGCUGCGCUCCUCCAUCUCCAUGUCCAGCCUGCCCGUGGAUCUCGGCCGCCUCCUCGAGACCAAGCAGGGGCGUGGACGUGGACUUCGAGCUACUUGCCUCUUCACUGGUCCGGGUGUGACAACCGACUCGCUGCCGGCGACGGUGAUGAACGCGAGGGAAGAGGCCGCCGUGAUAGCCCAGGAUCUGAUCGUGGCGGCUGACCGGUACAAUCUCAAGGACCUGAAGCCGGUCACUGAGAACAAGCUGUGCAAGCACAGCUUCAGCGCAAGCUCGGUGCUGCCGAUGCUGCUGGUAGCCGAGCACCACCAGUGCUGGAAGCUCAAGGACAAGUGCCUGGUGUUCAUCGCUGCUGGGAGGAACACGAGAGCGAUCAUGGCGACGGAUGACGUCGAGCAUCUGGCGAGGCGUUGUCCCUCUGCUGUCAAGGAAGUGCUCACCAAGAUUCUGGACGCAAGGGAGGCGACGCCAAGCAACCCUCUGAUGGUCAGCGUAGAUGCCUCCUUCUACAUUUAUGCAUUGAUUUUCAUGGUGCCCUUGGGCUUAUGUGUUCUUCGUGUGUUAUUCCGUUAA